AUGAAGUACAUUUAGCCAUUUAUUUUGCUUCCUAUGUUCGAAGUUUCAGAUAAUCAGCACAUUUAUAAAAUGGAAAAUUUUCAGGAAACUGACUAGAAAUUCCAAUACUUUAACAGGCCAAAAUAGGAGCUUAAAGUUAUUGAUGAGAUACUUGGGGAGGCUAAACUGGCAAAUGCAUUUACUCAUUGGACAUAUGCUGCCACUGGAAAAAGAUUCAUGAUCACUGAUGUCUAAGGAUGGUAAAUUGAACUAGGUCAUUUCAAUCUAACUGGGCCUAUUGUGUUUUCACCAGUUCCAGAUUAGUUAGGUUAUGUAGACUGGGGCUUAGAUGGAAUGGAAAGUUGGAUGAAGAAACACAUUUGCAAUGACAUCUGCAAUGAUCUUCCAAUGAUAGAAGAUCAAAAUCUUAUUUAUUAAUGUAUGAAUUACAUGGAAUAGUUCUAGAAUAAUAGCUUUUAAGAGCAGAUUAAUGUCAUUUUAGGUAGCCAUAACUGA